AAUUGAUAAGCCCAAGCAGCGAUAGAAAACUGGCUGAGAAAAUGUACGGAGCGUAUAUUGUGCGAAAUUUGAUUUGUUUUUUCGACGGCUAUUAUUGAAAGUAUCUGUUCAAAAAGUGUCCCUUUGUCAUAAGAAAACUCAAGCCGCCUGCACGGAAUAGAAAAUUUCUGCCCACUCGAAGAAACAGCACAUAAUCGAAAGUAUCCGAGGAGGGAGUGGCAAGUGGUGCACCAGCGGGUGGUGGUGGCUGCACGCAUUCUAUUUAGGUUCUGUGCUGAAUGUCCUAUUGGCGCUUGUUGUGGCUGGCCCUCAAAAUGAUUUACCAGCUGUUGUGCUGCUCCGUGAGCCUGAUCUUCUUCUGCUUCAACGUAUUCUGGCUAUUUUGCAACCUGGCUAUCCCUUGGUGCACGCUCACCUUGCUCGUUGUCUGCAUCGCCUCCAAGUUCGUCAAGCUGCAACGAAGUCCCAACGAGAAGCGACUACUAAGCCUUCUUAGUUCUCCAGAGGAAUGGCCCAGUUACUGGCCAAUCGCCAACCGGGCGGCCGGCUUUGAUGCGCCCGAAAACUCCAAGGCAGCCAUUAAGAAGUGCCUUGCACGUGGAUAUCGGAACGUGCUUCUGGAUGCCGGCCUCACGUCCUGCGGUGAAAUAGUCGUGGCUAACCCUACGAAAAUAAAUGUUGCACAGCCACUGGGGGAGUUGCAAAAGCUAAACAUCACGGAGCAACACCCAAUGGGGUCACAAUACGAAGCGGAAACGGUGGCUCCCCUCAGGCAAUUAUCCGAUUUCUUGGAGGCGGAGGCUGCUGAGACAACAGUGUUUUUGCGUCUGCACGACAACAGCGCUAGGAUGAUAGACCAACUGCAGAAGUUCAUGACUGCCGACGAGUCGUUUGCCCAGCGCACAAUUGUCAUCAGUCGAUCACCACUAGCCAUUUAUCAGCUCCGAAAACUAAAGCCAGAAAUAAUUUGCGGCCUUUGGCACGAGACCUACUUGUCACUGGCCAUCCUCAAAUCCUCUACACUUAUUACCUCAAUCUAUGGCGCUAUUUUUCGCAACAUAAUUGCCCCCGUGAUUGGAAUAAGCGUAGUUUUUCUCUGCAAAGAUGAGAUUAACUUCCACAUUGCCGAUCUGUGGCGCAACGUGGGCGUCCGUCCAAUAGUCUAUAUGGUUAACUCACCCAACGAGAAAAGAUACUUCCAAAAGACCAUGAAGAUCCAGUACCUAACAGACUCGUUGCGGUCAGAGCCGCACGUCCUUAUGAAAGCCUAAGGAUCCCUGAGGAUUUGAACGAACGAUAACGACUUAGAUCGACGCACAGACAUACACACACUGUUUGCAUUUAGCUGGCAGAGCUUAGCCCUUAAGAAAAACUUAAGUGUUUUUGUAGAAGCUUUAGAAAGUAUUAUCCCAAGCUUAGCGGUACCAGUGAGAUGGAAGUUUUAAUUUGUUAAUUUAUAUGCUUUACCUCUUUUUAGCUAAAGCUUUUAUUCAUAAUACCCGUUACUCGUAGAGUAUAUGUUCUUGAUCAGAAUCAAUAGCCGAGUCCAUCUGGCCACGUUCGUCUGUCCGUCCGUAUGAACGUAGAGAUCCCAGGAUCUAAGAAAGGUACAAAAUUGAAACUCUCACUAGCUGAGUAACGGGUAUCUGAUAGCCGAGAAACUAUCUUGUUUUAUUUACGUCCUGAUUUAUUUAUGUUGUUAUUUUGUUUGACGAGUACUGUAAUUUACUUUAUACGAAAAUGUUCUCAAACUUUGUAUGAUGUACAAUAUUUCUACUAUGUACUCAAAACAAUCAUAUGCCUUAUAUGGCGUAUGAUUUUUGGAUGCUAUAUAUACAUACAACAAGCUUUCCUCAAUUCCCCUUGUUACCCGAAUCCCAAGUGUAAUCAAUCAUAAGGCUAUAAAAUGCUUACCAGCAUUAUAUGUAUAUGUCUAUACCAAAAACCAGAAUUAAUAAAAACUACAU